GUGCUUAUUGAAUAAGGGAAACGGCGGGUGAACAUCAAUGUGGCAUGUUUUAGGUUUGUAUUAACCUUACCCUGCUACGAUGGCCCGUCCGCUCCACUCCCUUGAGUCACAUAUUAACCCAACAACUAAUCCAAAUACAGCCUUCAACCCACGAAAUCCAACAGAGAGCAUUGCUGGUGGGGUGAAGAGCUCUUAGAUCAAUUAUCAGGUCUAUCAGAUGAAGAUAUCAACCUCGAAGGCUUCAGACAUGGAUACGCGGGCCAACACGACUUUGUAUUGCUGAGUGAGUUCUCAGAAAUGCAAGGCCCACUUCCACUUGCUGUUAUCAUAGAAGAUGCCUGUUUAGACCUUGAAACCAUCAAUAUGAAAAAGGAAUCUUCAUCCGCCAACGAAGCUCCUCUUCCCAAAGAUGCACAAUCAUUUCUUUCCAAAAUUGGCAUUGAACACUUCGAUCUGAACUCUUUCGUACUGCGUAUUGUUUCGGUCGAUAGAUCUUCUGAGCAGCGACGCAGUUUUGAUGACGAUGCAAUCGCUUCACCACAUCAGUCUCCGUCUAUUGACUUAGCAGAUUCUACUACGCUUGAACCAAAUUCAGGAGAUACCACUCCGUUUCGAAUUCCAGAAGAUGCUCAAAUUUACUCAUAUGAUUCUGAGGGAAAGUUUUACUCAUUUACUCAAUACUUGACUCUCUUCGACAUCUCCGCCAGAGGCUAUGUGCGGCCGGUAUCUAUAUCUUAUGUCACGAAGGAUCCUCAUAAAAUAUUGCCACGCUUCUCGAUUUUCAUGGAACGCUUUUCCAAAGUGUCUCAUAUCCUGAAAGUUGGUAAUUUCCCAAACUUUGCUCGAGACCUACAUUACCGACUUCAAGAUCUAGAAUAUACAGAGUCACAGAUGGCGUCGCAACAAUUGAAUACAGAAUCGAAGGAAGAUAGUUUAAAAGAGAGCAAUGAUGAUCCAAACAAGGAUACUUCACAACCUGUUGAUGGUAAUGGCAAUUUGACGCUUGAAGCUCUACAACAAGCUAUUGGAGAGCUGAAGGCUACAAUCGAUCAAGUGGAACAUCACCCUGUAUUGUUUUCUUCAAAAAUACAGGAAUCAGAAAGUGAGCAAAGCUCUAAAGUCGCAAGCGAGAAAGAGACUGAAACAGCCAAAAAGGCUCAUGAACAGCAGACGGAGUCGGAAGAUAAGCAGCGGUCAAAUUCAGUAGCAUCUUCGGUUGUUGCUAUGACAAGGACUGUAUCGAGGGGUUUGUCAACCGUCACUGAUAUGCUCCCUUUCAAAGGCCCUUGGAGUAGCGCUUUUCUUGAACAUCGGCGGAAUCGCGAAUCCCAACUGAAGGCAGCUGCGGGAGACAGUUCAGAUAGCGUAAAUCAGGCCGAUGAGGAUGGAAGGCUACUUGAUAGCUCGCUGGAUGCAAAAUACGAGCCUCAAAUAGUGCAUUCUAUAUUCCCCGUAACAGCAUCAGAUCGCCGGUUACGGACAUUGUCUCAGUUAUGUUCACCACUAAAGCAACCCAUUAUUACGCAAGAUGAUGUUCGCAAAACCAUCCUUUUGAGUCCGACACAGGAAUUUGCGAAUCCGAAGCUUACGCCGAAUUCAGUAGAUAUGCUGUCGCAACCAUCACAUUCCUGAGCCUGCGAUAGAUACAGCAUUCGCAACAAGCUCAGCCGAAGUGGCCAAAGACUCUCAAAAGUGGAGUAUGCGAAAAUUGAUGGAUUACUGGCGACGGAUAGAUGAACGCCAAACCAAGUACGAGAGGGAGAAAGGGAAUCCGAUGGACUCUGUGUUGUCGUCGUCUGAUUCACCAGA